AUGGCAAUCUCACUUGAAACAUUAACGGAUUAUAAUAAUCGACUCGCUGCAGAAGAUGACACGGAUAAAUCGCCAAUUCUUUAUGAUAAAUAUCGAAUCCGACUUUUUCCAUUUUCAAAUCUCCCAAUUGUUAACAAUUUCACUUCAAUUGACACUCUCGGAUUCUCAUCUUCAGACGCAUUAAUCUUCGAUAUGCCGGAAUGCGUAAAUCCUCGUCCAGAAAGAGACGAUGAACCCGUGGAAAAGAUGGAUACAAGCAAUGAAGACGAUAAUAAAGAAAAUUCCAUAAAAGCGAAUGAGGAAAAUGUUGAAAUUGUCGGCUUCGACGCCACAACUCAAGCAAAUUCAUUAGAAUGCAAUCCGAUUCCUCUAGAAGAUGCUCUGAAAUUGCGAAUGAAUCUCACUAAAUCGUCUGAAGGUCUUGCCGGUGAGAUCUCGAAGCUUCCGAUUUGGAUCUCAACCACUUCCAAGCAUCUCCCCUCCGUCGCCUUUCUCGUCCAUGGCGCAAAAUCCAAAGGGCAUCAGUUUGCGGGAUGCACAAAAGUGCUCGGCUACUAUUGCCCGGAAGUUGAGAAAAUCUCCUCAGAUCUCAUGAAUACCAUCAGCGAGCAUAGCUAUUCGCAAUCAAUUCAAUAUCGGGCAAUUCAUGAAGUUGUGCCUUGCUCGAAAACAGAAGUGCGCAAAAAUCCGGGAAAAGUCACUGUCGACAUGACAUGGACCACUGGGCGUUUCCUCGAGCCUCUGCUCGCCGCGCCGAACAGCAUGACGAAUUGCGAGAUCAAAAUCGAUCUCGGCUGGAAAGACGAGCGAUUUUUCACCGACACCGCGUUUUUCAAACAACUUUUCUUUGUUCUGAAUCUCGCUGAUGUUCUCAAGCACCCCGAGAACGAGGUAAUUUUCGAUCCGGUCACCGAGGUCGCGUUCGACGAAUUAGUCGCCCAAAUGGAAGAGGUUGUGAAGAAAUGCUCUGACGCCGAGACGGGAUUCGCGGUGAGCAAGAGUGGUGAAGAGGUCACCGAGCAGGUUUGGAACGUCCUCUGCCUAUGCACAUCUUUGAAGCAAGUCACAGUUCUUCUGAAGAACUUCCUUCAAGCUUUACAGUAUGGAAUGGUGAAAGCUCAGGUUCAUCAUGACAACCGAAGCAUACUCGCGCAGCUCAUCAAAUCCUCGAAAAGCGGCGGAUUCCGAAUGCCGAGACUCGAACGCCUUUACACUAUUGAAAUGCUCAUGGAGAUUGGUGUUGAAUACCUUAGAAGAGCUUUGACGGCGAAAUUCGCGAGCUCGUUCGGAUUCCCUGAAGAGGAAGUGGAAAUGACGCUUCGUGAUUGCGAGAAGGAGAUGAUGGCGAGCCAAGGGGCCGUUGAAUCCCGUGCCAUUGCCCUACUACCGGUCUCGAUGUCGCUGUCAGCGCUCUUCCAGCUCUUCGCAUUGAUCAAUGAGAACACGAAUACGGUGAUGCAUGAGAUGACGAGACGGGUUCUCGGCAAAUUCUCGGCGGCGCUGAUCACCCAAUCACGAACCGGUCAAGCCGAUCUCUCGUACACGUUCGACAUCAAUCUGCCGCUGUCGAGAUUGAGCAAAAAUUUGUUCGAGAGCCAACGUCCAAAGGUGUGGACGUGCGAAGUGACAAAUUGCCAAGGCGGAAGGCUUUGCUCGAAAAUGAUGACGUGCCUUCAACUCCAGAUGCCGUUGGAUCAUGUCAAUGAAAUGGUGAACGCGGUGAGACCCGUGAAGAAGAUUGAGGAGGGAGAAUCGCUGAGUUUAGACGAGAUGAAAGCCGAUUACACAGUGUCGCACACGAUUCUGGCGUACUACACAAAAAACGCCGAUAGUAAGACGAAUGUGUUGCCGGCGUUUAUACCGUGCGAUCAGCUUCUCGGAUGGAAUCUGAGCGUCGUCAACAAUCCGAUCACCAAGAAAGACGAAUACACGUAUACGGUGUGCUGUCAGGCUGCCGGCGCCUAUCGAGUAAUCGAGGAGAACGUGGUGAUGACGAAAUGCGACGGACCGUGCGCCGCGAUUCUGCCGUCGAAGCAAAUGAUCGCGAUGGGAAAAUGCGAGCAUCUUUUGUGCAAAGCGUGCUACGGCAUCGUCAAAAAUCCCGACGGCUCCUACGGCUGCAGCAACUUCCACUGCUGGGCCGAACCGCUAGCCUCAUUCCAAAAGGAGAAGGCCAAGUAUAAGAAGAUCAUAAAGAAGCAGAAGCAGCGAGCGAGGAAGCUCAAAGAGUUCGGCGAAGACGUCAAAUCAUGCUCGGAGAACGCGCUUCCACAAUCCCCAAGUCCACAUCAAUAA